AAGUCAGGCUCAGGCAGACCUGCGUCUCCUGUUUCGUUCCCUCUUUUCGUUGCACUCACUUUUCGUUUUCUUAGAAAAAAUUUCGCGGUCAGAACUCAUCCAAGGUGGUCCAGUGGGACGUUUUCGCAGCAAGUACGGGCGCUCAUCAUUUAGAUUGUGCCUCAAUUCUCUUUCGUGAAGGUAGGACAAUAUAUCAGCAUAGUAAAUACCAACCUAGUAAAACCCAAUUUAGAAAAAGAGCGUCAACCAUGGCACUUUCGGGCAGCGCGACGUCGUCUUCGCUUCCGCGCUCCGACAGGGGGUGGCACAAGCAAGGAACAAAGAGUUUGAGAAGCAGGCUGGGGUCGUCUUUUUCGGUUUUUUUCAUUCAAGCCACCGCGAUUACCGUGAAAGUGGUACAGAAAAAGAACGCGGGUCGUAGCGGGCGGGGGAGAGGGGCGGCAGGCUCGCCGCCCUUGUUGUAUCAUCCCCGGACAGGAAGAACCGCGAAGUCGUCAAAGGAAGACCUCCGGCACAGCGUCGCAAUGGUGGAGGACCCGAAGCGAUUGCCGGACGACCGUGGGUCCUCGUCGUCUUUCCCUCGGUCGCGGACGAAAACGGAUGCAGCCGGGAGGGGCGGCUUUGCGGAGCUUUCGGCUAGUGCCAAAACACAAAACACGGAGGAAGCCGACGACGGCGACGGCCGUUGUUUGCCCGCAUACAAACAUCACAUGCUUUCGCACAUGUACUGGGACAGCGAGGGGACAAAUGACCGAGACUGGCAGGACACGUCGGGCUGGGAGGAUUGCCGCGAGAAGUGCAAGGACAGCGCGCUCUUCGCGGACGCCGCUAAUGAUCAGACAAAGCGGUGCGGCGCCUGGCACGCGUCCGUGCCCGAGGAUUGGAAAGCUACGGACGAAGCCCAAGACCGACCAUACGUGUAUUGCCGCCACUACAACUUUGCCUAUAUCAAGGAGGCUCGAGCGGACAAUCCCACCGCAUUCGGGGAUUUGCUGCCGACGCGGAUUGACCCCGCGGGCGAGCCCUGGGAAGGGGACGACGCCCCGUUUGCCGACCACAACCCGAUCGUGCAUUGGAACGGGGAAGAUGUGGGAGACACCUGGUACAGUGGGUAUUGUAUGCGUUCGCCGAGCGGACAGUGGACGGUUCCCGCUACUGGUGCAGAGAAGGAGUCAGAAAUCGUACCUGCCGAGGCGAGCCUCGCUACGGGUGAGGUUCCUCCCGCAGACUCGCUGCCGUGCGACAACUGGUUCGCAUCCCUGUCCGAUGUUGCAGAAGAAUACCGAAUCCCAAAGGCUCAGUGCAAAUAUUUUGAUCGUUUGGCCAUUUGCUCCGGGCUCACAUGGGACAAGGACCAAACUUUUCCCGGGGCCCAGCAGCUCAUCACCAACAGUAUGGACAAACCCUGCUCGGAGCAGUGCAAAUGCAGCGACAGCCCACUAAAUGUCGUCGAAAUCAUCUCGGUCCUCAAUUUGCCCACGGUCGAUGAGGAUGAGAAGCGGCAGUGUCUGGAGCCCAUCAAAGGUGCGCGUCCGGCGCGCGUGGGUGCCGCAAUGUUGAACUUAAAGGGCGAAGCAGUGAAAAGUCCACCGGCCGCGACCCUUUCCGGGGCAGAUACGGCACACGCAGACACGGAAGAGAAAUGCAAGAGUGCGUGCUUCGACAAAGCUGAGUGUGUGGCCUGGCACUUUCAGAUGGACCAUAUGCUGUUGUGUAAAAACGCGCCCACCCUUCAAGCAGAAGACCCGAAAUUGGUGUAGAUACUCGCUUGCUAGUACAUGACUUCCACUGCCAAAAAAAGAAAAACGGCUUUGUCUACAUGCAUGAAACAAAUGGGUUCGUAGCGUAUUCGGGGUUACUUUGCGUGGUAGCAUCACAAAUCCAUUUACCCCUGUACGCUGGUGAUUACACAGAUUGUCUGACUCCGUAGUAAGCACUAGAGGAACUACACAAAAACCCACUAGUGGGGAGCCGCAUGAGAAACGGUUGCUAUUCACAUAUCCCGGAUACAUCUGGGGUAGGUACGGUUUUACACAGGAUGGACCACUCGGAUUCGUCUGCAGAACCAGCAGGAGCGUCGUGUGCGCUUUGGACCGAUGGGGAGGUCGUGACAGGCACGGAUGUGCCACAAACUUCAGAGGAGUGCACGAAGCAAUGCGCUGACAGCGACACGUGCCGCACAGCAAGCUUUGUUGGUGAACACUGCCUGUUCAAGUAUGCAGGAAAGGAGUACUUGUGCGCUCAGGAUACGAACUACGACGCCGCGACCUGCCCAUCUCUGCUUCUGGACACCACGCAGGAAGGAGAUGCGGGCUCGGCGGUUGGAUUUUGCGUGCCUGAUUUCCGGGAAAAAGGGACGCUUUCGCUCGUGUCCGAUUCCGGGACUUCAGGCCGUAGCUGGACGUAUGGGGAGGAAGCAGGAGUGCCGUCGUGGUACGUGGACGGGGCAGCGCCCUGUCUCACAAAGUGUAUCACGCCUGAAGACGAGCCGAACUACACGUGCAAAGACGCGCGUCAAGGGCGAUGCGACGCUGAUGAGGACAGCACGGCAGCGCUCUCGCUACCCUGUGAUUCGCGACGCACGCGCGAUUCCUUCGAGCGCAUGUACGAUUCCUUCGGGCUUUUUGCGUACAAUUUGCCGCCGGGGGGCGACACGCUUUAUGCCUUUGCAGAAAUGUCACAUCAUACUUGUGCCGCUUUCGACCACCAGCGCAACUGCGUGACGGCCUUUGCUCCCCAGGACGACGACGGCGGUAUUGCCGACCUCGUGGUGAACAAGCGUCCGAAAACACAUCCGCGCGAUAUGUACGAGGCGGCCCAGAUAAGCUUCAAUUUGGGACUGAAUGAAUGUGCUCUGCAGUGUGGUUGCGUGACAUGGCUUUCGUGUCCAUCGACCGGCACCGAUUCCAGCGGUGCGGCCGUCGCGUUCGAACUCGUGAAGGGGAAAAAGGUCCAUUCCUCGGGGGCCUACAGUACCACGGACCUCGGGGACUCGGCCGACCUCGGUGCGUGCGCUGAUCAGUGCGCGCAGGAUGAGGAGUGCGCUGCGUUCUCGGGCCAUCGGAGCGCCGUCGUGGCUUCCGGACAGGGGGAGGCCGCGGCAGCCACGGCCACGGUACAAUGCAGGCUGCACUCGCAAGCAACUGUGGAUGACGCGGACCUCGUGACAGACAUGCCAGCAGGGAUGGACAAUGUGUUUUGCCGACGAGGCGUGCCUCAACUACCAGAGCGGCCUACGGCCACCUGUCCCGGGCAGGAAAUCCAGGUGGGCACCAGCACGGCCACUUUCGAAGCGAGUACGGAGGCAAAGACGAUCAGCGCGAAAAUGGCCUCCAGUCCGACCGACCAACAGACGGUGUCGCAGUGCGCGAACUUGUGCGCGCAGUCGCAGGAGCAGUGUGUCGCCUUCUCGUAUGCGACGAGCGAACAGGAGUGCAACUUGCACAGCCAAAAAAAUCUGGACGACGCCGCGGGUGCAGAAGCGGAUCCGACGAAGAUCUUGUGCGAAAUGACGAUCGAAGGGGACGAUGGCUCGGGGAACGACGGCGAGGCGGAAAAGCCACCUUCGGUAUUGCCCGUCAGUAACGUCACCCCUACUACGACUAAAAAAAAAAAUGCUUUCGCGAUACUUUUGUCCAGGUAAUACUGAGAGACUCUAGGGGGCAAAAAAUACGUACUCACUAGUGAUACAUUGUGUGCAGGAGCUGCGCAGGAGAAUACCCCUGCGAACAAGUUACCCGAUGCAAGUUCGGCACCUUUUGCAUGCCUAAGAGAGGAGGGUACUAUUUGAGUAUGCGUCAUGACACGAAUGACAAAUGUAGAGCGCUGCAUGAAAUUAUCCCUUGAUACUCCUCACGGACCUCGACCUUCCAGAAGCAAAGAGCUGCUAA